CAGGUCAGCUACGCCUCCACCGCCCCCGAGCUCAGCGACAACUCCCGCUACGACUUCUUCUCCCGGGUGGUGCCCCCGGACACUUACCAGGCCCAGGCCAUGGUGGACCUGGUGAAGGCCAUGCGCUGGAACUAUGUGUCCACCGUGGCGUCCGAAGGCAACUACGGAGAGAGCGGCGUUGACGCCUUCAUCCAGAAGUCCCGGGAAGACGGGGGUCUGUGCAUCUCCCAGUCAGUGAAGAUCCCACGCGAGCCCAGAACCGGAGAGUUUGACAAAAUCAUCCGUCGCCUGAGUGAAAACCCCAACGCCCGCGUGGUCAUCAUCUUUGCCAACGAGGAUGACAUCAGGAGACUCCUCCAGGCGGCUAAGAAAGCUAAUCAGACUGGCCACUUCAUCUGGGUGGGCUCAGACAGCUGGGGGUCCAAGAUAUCCCCCAUCUUGAAUCAGGAGGAGAUGGCCGAGGGUGCCGUUACCAUCCUGCCCAAGAGACAGUCGAUACGAGGUUUCGAUCGGUAUUUUACCAGCCGCACGCUGGAGAACAACAGGCGGAACAUUUGGUUUGCUGAGUUCUGGGAAAAUAACUUCCAAUGCAAGCUGAGUCGCCAUGCACUGAAGAAAGGAUCUGGCGUCAAGAAAUGCACAAAUCACGAGCGAAUCGGAAGGGACUCCUCCUACGAGCAGGAGGGCAAGGUGCAGUUUGUGAUCGACGCCGUGUACGCCAUGGCCCACGCCCUGCACAACAUGCACCGCAGCCUGUGCCCCGGCAACGUGGGCCUGUGCCCCAAGAUGGAGACCAUCAACGGGACGCUGCUGCUCAAGUACAUCCGCGAUGUCAACUUCACAGGUAUUGCUGGCACACCGGUAGUGUUCAAUGUGAAUGGAGAUGCUCCAGGUCGCUAUGAGAUCUACCAGUACCAGAUUACCAACAGCACCAUGGAGUACAAGAUCAUCGGCCACUGGACCGAUCACCUCCACUUAGACACCAACCAGAUGCAGUGGCCCGGCGCCUCCCAGGACGUCCCCUCCUCCAUCUGCAGCCAGCCCUGCCAGGCGGGGCAGCGCAAGAAGACGGUGAAGGGCAUCCCGUGCUGCUGGCACUGCGAGAACUGCGACGGCUACCAGUACCAGGCCGACACGUACAGCUGCAAGAUGUGCCGCUUCGACCUGAGGCCCAACCCCAACCACACGGGCUGCGACCCCAUCCCCAUCGUCAAGCUGGAGUGGAGCUCCCCCUGGGCUGUGUUCCCCGUGCUCAUCGCCGUGCUGGGCAUCAUGGCCACCAUGUUCGUGGUGCUCACCUUCAUCCGCUACAACGACACGCCCAUCGUGAAGGCCUCCGGGCGGGAGCUCAGCUACGUGCUGCUGACGGGCAUCUUCCUGUGCUACGCCACCACCUUCCUGAUGAUCUCCACGCCCGACGUGGGCAUAUGCUCGCUGCGAAGGAUAUUCUUGGGCCUGGGCAUGAGCAUCAGCUACGCGGCGCUGCUCACCAAGACCAACCGCAUCUACCGCAUCUUCGAGCAGGGCAAGAUGUCGGUGAGCGCCCCGCGCUUCAUCUCGCCCGCCUCCCAGCUGGUCAUCACCUUCACCCUGAUCUCGGUGCAGCUCCUGGGGGUGUGCAUCUGGUUCGGCGUGGACCCCUCGCAGGCCGUCAUCGACUACGAGGACCAGCGCACCUCCAACCCGCUGAUGGCCCGGGGGGUGUUGAAGUGCGACAUCUCGGACCUGUCGCUCAUCUGUCUGCUGGGGUACAGCAUGCUGCUCAUGGUCACCUGCACCGUCUACGCCAUCAAGACCCGAGGCGUGCCGGAGACGUUCAACGAGGCCAAGCCCAUCGGCUUCACCAUGUACACCACCUGCAUCGUGUGGCUGGCCUUCAUCCCCAUCUUCUUCGGGACUUCUCAGUCAGCAGAAAAGCUGUACAUCCAGACCACCACCCUGACCAUCUCGGUCAGCCUGAGCGCCUCCGUCUCUCUGGGCAUGCUGUACAUGCCUAAGGUCUACGUGGUCCUCCUCCACCCUGAGCAGAACAUUCCCAAGCACAAGCGCAGCCUGAAGGCGGUGGUGACCGCCGCCACCAUGUCCAACAAGUUCAACCCCAAGGGCGGCCUGCGGCCCAACGGGGAGGCCAAGUCUGAGCUGUGCGAGAGCCUCGAGACACAGGCAUUGGCCUCCAAGCAGACAUACAUAAGCUACAGUAAUCACGCCAUCUAACCGACCAGAGAGCUGCACAAGGGAGCCACGAGCGAGAAGCCUGCCUUAGGAGCGAGCACCUGACACUGGAGAGAACGCUAAAAAUACCGGAGAAACUCUGAGCUCCAAGGGAGAGAAGGGACCGAGGGGUAAUGGGGACGGGGAAAUGUCACUCCUUGUGCAGAGGAAGAAGAAGAGGAGGAAGAAGAAGAUGUCAUGUCUUUUUGUUUUUGAAUAGUGAUUAAGGCUUGCAAAGAAAUGGUAUUUUUGGGGGGUUUGGGAUUUCGUUGUCAGGUGGCAGAUUGGUUGAAUUGUUGAGAGAAUCCCAUCAAAGUAUUUUUCCUUGUUUCCACUCUUUUCUGUGAUGUAAUACGAGUGUAGCGCAGUAACAUUACUUUCUGACGCGGGCCAGGUGAGCGAACCGUUCAGGGCCUGCAGUAUAUUUGUUAUUUUUAAAGUGUGGAGAAUAUGACCACGAUUGCUUUUUUUAAAGGUCCGAGUCUCAUUUGAACCUGUGCGUAUUUCCUUAUUUGCUCUUAAUGCAAGCGUUUCUUUUUGCUCAAACGCAAGCGACAUCGCAGACAAAACAGUUGUGCGCGGCAUUGUGUCGGAGAUGCCAGUGUAAGGCCACACAAACAGCGGUACACUCCAGUGUCCACUCGCUUUACUGUAAUCAGAAAAAACGAAAAAAGAAGCACCGCGUCGGAAAACUCGAAACGAAAUGCGAGGACCGGCCCGUUUCCUCGUUAUCGUUCUGUGACGGUACUAAAGAUGAUGGCGUCCGACGUGCCGCUAGCCAGAUAAACCCUGUGUAUAGUCCCCAAGCAUGCCUGUGGGAGCCUCACGUCUUCUGUGCUGUGUUGUCAACGUCUAUGGAAUGCAACAUGUGUCAUGGUCAUUCACGGUGGCGUCUCCAUAAGACUAGUGUUGAACACAUACACACAUACACAGACACGCACAGACACACACAGACACACACACAGACACACAAUCUCUCACACACACACACACAAACACACACACACAGACACACAGACACACACACACACACCAAGACACUUUGAGAUUCUACCAUACAUGCACACUGUCUAGGUUUAUUGGCCCUUAUCUAUCAUGCAAUCGUUUUAUAUGCCACAAAUGUAAAAUAUGACGAUUAUUUAAAGUAUGUCUAAAGAGGAUGUGGUAUUUUCAACAAAUAAAUUGGGAGUUAAAAAAAAAAUGGAG